UAGCAUUAUAGGAGAAUUCACAUUUGUUCACAUUCAAUAUUUGCUUAUUCGUGAGUUGCUGCAAUUUAACGCGUUGCUGUGGCAAUCGCGGCGUGCGAUUUAAUCGCGAAUGCACAAUAGUGAUUUGUUCAAUAAAACAGUAAAUUAAGUUCAUAACUGAUAUGAUAACAAACGUCAUUUCACCGAUAAAAAGUUACAGUACUUCUUCAGUGUUUACAAAACUAAUAUAUUACAAACUGAACUCUGGACGGUGCAUUUUUCAUCAUUCUCAUUGAAAGGCUAAAAGAUAACGUACCUACGAUGGCCAAAAACGACGAUAUUAUUUUAUUGCAAUCGCCUCCACCGAAGUUGGAGGAAGUUCAGAAAACUGUGUUUGAUUCUGCUGCUCAAGAUUUCCUCGUGAAGUUGCAUAGAGAAUUUGAGAAUAAAAUAGAACAACUGUACAAGAACAGGUCCAGACGAUCUGUGGAAUUACAAACUCAAGGGACAUUGGAUUUUAAAAAGUCGCCUCAAAGGGAAGAUAAGAAUUGGAAAAUUGCAUCUUUGCCUAGAAGACUUCAAAAUCGUCACCUUGACUUAGGAGAUGUAUCAGCCUCAAACACAGCCCAUUUUGUGUCAGCUCUCAAUUCUGAUGUACAAGGCAUACAAGUGGACUUUGAUGACGGCCACUGUCCAACUUGGAGGAAUCAGCUAUUGGCUUUCCAGAAUAUUAACUUAGCAGUCCAAGGAAAAUUGCCGGGAGCGCCACCCAGUAUUACAACAUGUCCCGUGCUCAUGCUAAGACCUAGAGCCUGGAAUAUGAUUGAACAUAACAUACUGAUAGACGGUAAAGAAGCAAUAGGACCGUUAGUAGACUUUGCAAUUCUAAUGCAUCAUAACGCGGAAGCGUUACGCAAAGCAAAUAGUGGGCCUUUCUUAUACCUCUCCAAACUCGAAGGUGCAUCGGAGGCAGCUUUGUGGAAUGAAAUCUUCAUAUGGACCCAGAAGGAAAUUGGGCUACCACAAGGCACAAUAAAAGCAUGUGUAUUAAUAGAAAAUAUUGUCUCCUCAUUUGAAUUGGAAGAAAUACUUUAUGCAUUAAGAGAACAUUCUUUGGGACUGAACUGUGGUAUUUGGGAUUAUUGUGCUUCUAUCAUUGCAAAAUUCGGAGAACGCAAAGAGUAUCUUCUCCCCGAUAGGAACAAAUACGUGAACAUGGAGCGUCAAUUUCUGGACAGCUACAUGCGUCUCGUGGUGGGGACAAGUCACGCUCGCGGCGCUCCAGCCACCGGCGGCAUGGCCGCGCUCAUGUUGCAGCCUGGUUCCGACGGAUCCGACGAUGACUCAAAAGCUGUAAUCAAUAAGAUACUAGCAGCAAAGUUACGGGAAAUAGAAAUAGGCGCUGACGGUUUCAUGGUAUACGACACUAGAAUUGUUCCAUACAUAAACGAGUUGUGGAAGAAAAACGGGUCAACACCAAAUCAAAUACACAUAAAAUUUGACCUUGAUAUAACCACUGCAGAUCUACUGACUAUACCCUCUGGAGGCGUGACGUCACAGGGUUUGAAGAACAAUAUAGCCGUGUCUACAUUGUUUAUUUACUAUUGGUUGGCUGGUAUUGGCCAUUUCUUCUACAGUGGUAAUGUGGAAGAUUCGGCCACAGCUGAGAUCUCGAGAAUGCAGAUUUGGCAGUGGAUUAGGUUUGCUCCUACCUUAGAGGAUGAUCCAACUCAACGAGUGACAGCGAAACUAAUCGAGAAAACUGUAGCAAGUUUCAUUGCUCACGCGCAUAAAAACCUCUGUCGAUCAAACGCCGAACGUAAACGCCUCACAGCUGCACGAUACAUGAUUAUGGAGUUAUUCCUUGCUAGAAACCCUCCUGAAUUUCUUACGAGCUAUUUGAACGACAGUCACAAGUUUAGGACAUUGCAUAACAAGGCGUUGUUAAGUAAUUUGUAAAGCGCCACAUCUCUUGGGCGAUAUCGAUACUUGAUGAAACUACACAGCUAUUUUUUUUUCGUUCGACUAAGAGCUCCUUCAAAUUAGACGCUUGUACUAAAUUUCAUACAAUAUUUAGAAGCGCCACUGCAGCCCCAAAGACGCGCCACUUUUGCAAACUACAUAUUGUAUGAAAAUUAGUAGUGGCGCUUCUAAAAGCGUCUAUUAUGAAGGCGCCCUAAUAUUUAUAAAAGUAAUAUUUUAUAAUUCAUUUUUAUAGUUAAGCGGGCGAAUAUAACAUAAUUCCUUAUUAUAAUUUCAAAUAUUAAACUGUGAAGGGAAAUUUAAUUAGGUUACGAGAGACGUUCCCAUACCGAGACAUAGGAGGGGUUUAAUGGCUACUUUUAGAUAUCCAUUUAGGGUAAUUAAAUUAAUGUUAUUGUUGUUAAUAUUAUAUUUGUUAUAAAAAAAUCUCCCAUUGUAAAUUUAUACAUAUGUAAGCAACAUGGACAAUAUUAUGCUUUGAUGAAAACCAAAUUUUGA